AUGGAUUAAUGUCUUAAAUCAAAUACAUUUUGAUUUAUAAGAAAAACAUUUAUUUUUCAAGUUUUAAGUGUAUUUACUUUAGAUUUAACAAGAAAAUCAAGAGUAUUAUAAUUUUAAGUGAAUCAUUCGUGUUCUUUAAAAAUCUAAUGAUCAAAUAAUAACAACUGACUGACAUAUAUAACAAAGAAUUUUGUUUACUUAAAAUAUACUUAAAAAUCGUAAAUUUGUCCACCUCAUUAGUUGUAAAAUAAUUUUAAAACAUAUUUGGUCUUAUAAAUUCACGUAAAAGAAAAACUGUAAUGUCUCACAGAACCUCUUGUUUUCAACUAAAUGAUUUAUUUCCGAGAGAAAUUGAUAUAGAAGUAUGCUUAAAGACUUUAAAAAUAUUUCAAAAGUUAGAAGGUGACGUUAAUUGCGUUGUAUGGGAUGCUUCCCUUGUCCUUGCAAAAUACCUUGAAACUAUGUGUCAGCAUAAAGCUGACUUUUUGAGUGGUAUAAAGGUAUUAGAAUUGGGGUCUGGAUUGGGAGUAGUUGGGCUUACAGCUGCAACAUUAGGGGCUCAAGUAACACUUACAGACUUACCUGAAGCUCUACCUUUACUCCGUUUGAAUAUAUCAGAAAAUAAACAGAAAAUUGUUAGUAUGGGAGGAUAUGCAAUAGCCGAGUCUUUAGUGUGGGGUGACAAAAAUUCCGAAAUUCAUAAACAAGAAUUUGACAUGAUUGUUUUAGCUGAUUGUGUUUAUUAUGAAGAUGCAAUCGACCCUCUUAUAGAAACCUUACAAUGCUUAAAUAACACGAUAAAAAAGAAACCAACAAUAUAUUUAACUCAGGAACUCAGAGAUUCAGAUAUUCAAAAGAAGCUAUGGAAUCUAUUUUAUGAGAAGCUUACUGAGUUUUUCUAUAUUGAAAAAAUACCAGAAGAACAGCAACACAUUAAUUACAGAAGUUCAGAUAUACUUUUAUUAAAAAUUAUAAAAAAAUGAUAUUUAUACAGUUAUGAUUUUUGGUAACCUAUCUGAAUGAGCACAAAAGAUGUACAAAAGAAAAACAAGAAUAUGAACUAUUUCCUAAAUUUAAUCCUAAACCUAAAAAAAAUAUACUACUAUGAUAGACUUGCUUUUGUUAUGUAAACUAAUUAAAUAUUUUUAAAAGUAUAUUUACAAAAGGCAGUUGUCUGAUACGAUUAUGCCCGACAAGUGUGGGCAUUGAUAAAGCUAAUACUAAAUAAUUACUUGUCUAUAUUUAUGAACUGUGAACUUAUCUACAAGACUACAAUGGCUUGGCUAUAUGCUAAAUGUAGUCA